GAUACAGCCAAUCACAGCGCUUCUUUCCAUUGUGAGUCCGUUGGAAAACUUUCUGUCAGUAGUCUGUUGGCUGUCACUGUAUAAGCAUACUGUUUACUGUCAGUACAAACGAACAAGAAAGCAUCAAAAUGAGCACCAAGCCUAAGAGCCAUAAAUCCAUGGGAGAUGGAGAGUGGAUGGCGAGGCUGAGGGCAUUUGCUGGCUCAGGGGUUUGGCCUGCUGGAGGAGGCAAUAGACCUGCCCCAAGGCAGCGGAAAUGGCAUGACCUCUAUGAAAAGAUUGAGAAUGCCCCAUGCAGGCCCGUGGACAGACCGCCCUAUUUGGAGGGUCCAUGGUCUGUAAUUGUGGAUUCCAUGCUGUUAAGUCACCUCAAGCACCACAGUCUGUGGCUUCAGACUUGUCCACUGGUGCUGCAGCCCAGCCUUCUUUCCUGCGGUCCCCUCUGAGUGUGUCAAUGUUCACUAAAUCACGCUUUGGUGGGUCACAGUCUGCCUCAGUGAAGCCCAAUAUUGUGGCGAGGAAGACCCCCAGCCCCGCUCCUCCUCCAUCCUCUGUGAGGACCUCCAGCCCUGCUCCUUCUCCAUCCUCUGUGAGGACCCCCAGUCCUGCUCAUCCUCCAUCCUCACUGAGGACCCCGUCUACCGCCUCUGUGAGGACCCCCAGCCCUGCUGUUAGCACCAGCCUGGAAGUAGCCACUGAUGGGACAGGAGAAAUCCAUCUAGCUGCUACUGGGGCUACAGCUUCUGUCUGGUUGCCGGGUGAGCUGAGCAAGUCAAUCCCUGUUCAAGAUCAGAGGUGGAUAUCCAACACCCUCUUUCACUCUGGCAAACUGCGGCCAGAUUUGAAGCUGUGGUAUGAGCCCCCUGUUCCAGCACUGAUUUAUCACCAAACGCCAACACCCGACCGCUUCUUCACCCAUCGGCUGAUGGUGUGGAUGCCCUACCGCCUUUGGAGGGUGAGGGUGUUCUGCCCAGCUUGUGGGAAGCAGUUGACGGGUGCUGGCAUUCACAGGAGAGCUCGGAAGGUCCUUGACAUUGACAGAUACUACCUAAUGGUGACAGAGACACUCAGGUGCUCUGUGUGUUUCCUGACCACUCUGUCUACCAGUCAGACUGUCAGGGACCAGCUGGACCUGCCACACCAGAAUUUGUUCCGGCUCAUCCUGACCUGCAAGUAUGCUUGUGACAUUCGUGUCAUUCGGAUGCUUCGGGAAAGGACCCUUGGCAACAGUCCAACACGACUGGUGAAGCAGCUCAAGGAGAACCAUGGGGAGGAAUGGCUGACCCGGUUGGCACACUAUCUCGGGGAGUGUGCUGACUUUGUGGAUCGACCCAGUCUGUUCCCAGUGGUCUGCCAGGAGCCCCCUGAGCCCAUCGAAAUUCCCACCAGUCGCUGGCUGCUGUCUGUGUACGGCAGGGACAUCCUCUCCCGCAUGGACCACAUCAAGGCCAGCAUCACCUCCACGUUUGGCUCCAUUUUAAAAAUGGAUUCAACCAAAAAGAUCACAAAGAAGCUGUCUGGCCAUGGCAAGGGGACCGCUCUCUGGGUGACCUCCCUUGGGAACGAGGUUGGACAGAUCCUGACCAGUGUCCUCACAGUGCAGGAGGGGCCGGGAUUGGAUCACAUGGUGUCUGGUGUGAUGGAGCGGUACCGCCAGGCAGCUGUUCCACCCCCAGUGCUGCUGUACGUGGACUGUGGCUGCUGCAAAAGCGAGGGGCCAAGCAAGCUGCAGACCAGGUUUGGAGAGUGGCCAGACCUCCACAUACGGCUGGACAUCUGGCACUUUAUGAGGAGGAUGGCUAUCGGCUGCACCACCGAUGCUCACCCACUCUACCCCACCUUUAUGGGCUCUCUGUCUGCCUGCAUCUUUGAGUGGGAUGCAGGGGACCUCACUCUGUUGCGGCAGGCAAAGAGAGCGCAGCUCAGGCAGGAGGGUGUGCCAUCCAUAACGGAUCUUGUGGUGGACACCAAGAUCUCCAAGAUGGAGCUGAGCCUCUACUGCCGCAGGAAGACACGCGGCGAAGAGACAACCAUCAGCCUCAUCGACCGGCUGCUGCAGGAACUGGGGGGUGCAAGAGGUAGAGACCUCAUGGGGGUGCCACUGCUGGACCAGGUGCGCAUGGAGCACCUCUGGCGUGUGCAGAAACACCACGUCAAGUGCAUCCAGGACGUGCCAGGGGUGCAGCUGUACACUGAGGUUGGAAGCACCACCAAGGGGGGCGUCGUACUGACCAGGUACCGCUGUGCCAGGGGGUCCACAUCCCUGGAGUCGUUUCAUUGCCACCUAAACAGGUUCAUUCCAGGAACCAGUGCAAAUGCACUGAAUUUCCAGCUGUACCUCCUGGAAGGCCUAAAUAGGUGGAACCAGGAUCGGGGGACUGCAGCAGUGACCAGCAAGCCAUCGUCCCUCCUCACCUACUCCGGGGGUGUGGCCCACUGUGUAAACACCAACAGCCUGAAAGUGUUUGGCCGGGCAUUUGUGCCAACCUUCACGCCACCUGCCAAAUACACUGAUAUGUCAAGCUGAUAUCUGGAUAUAUAAUACUGUUUGUGGGUUUUCUGUGUUCUAACUUAAGUUCAACAAGGCUUUAUUUUUACUAUGCCCAUUACCAAAGCAAACCAUACAGUUACUUGCUCAUAACAUGAUACAGAAACACUACUCUGAUAUUAAACAGUAUCUAUAUAGAAUGCUACAAAUACAGCUAAUAAUGUGUGUGACUGUACUAUUUUAUAGGAGAGCUGCUUGGUGUUGACUACCUGCUGAGUCAGACUGGGCAGUCUCUCAACGUGAACCCCGACUCAGAGGAGACAGAGGGCAUGCUGGAGGAUGUUCAUGAGGGCGAGGAAGAAGAAGAUGAGGGCUUCCAGGAAGAACCAAGUCUUGCUGUGUCAAGUCUCCUGGAUGACCCAAGCUUCUCUACUCCCACCCUGCCUCCUGCCUCCAUGGCUGCUCCCACCCUGCCUCCUGCCUCCAUGGCUGCUCCCAUCCUGCCUUCUGCCUCCAUGGCUGCUCCCACCCUGCCUGCUCCCACCCUG